AGUGGGCGUUGCAGAAACCAACAAGGGAACGGUACUUGGUAUGUGUAUGAUCGGGCACACGUCGGCGUCACUCCCUCUCCUUCCAUUUCAAGGACCCCGCAGCUUCUAACAGGUUGACCAUCUCCAAGCCUCCAAGGAGGAGGAGAGAAGCCGGCACAGGCAACACACGGAUCAAAACGUGAGCUUAAGAGGCAGAGGGGAUCAAGAAGCAGAGCAGGUAGUAGAGCCACAUAGUUAGUGAGGGGAGGGAAGGAGAUGGACAUGAAGCGGGCGCGGAGCCCUCGGGCUCCGGCCGACGGCGAGGAGGACAAGAAGAGAGCCGGGUGGCGCGGCGGCGGUGUUCGGCCGAAGAUGGUGUUGGUAGGCUUCCUCCUCACCCUGCCUCUGCUGGUGUUCGUCUUCGGCGGCCGCUGGGGCAGUAGCUCCUACCCCUCUUCCCCUUCCGGCCUCAAGCCCGUCGGCCGCCACGUUGCCGCCGGCGAAACGCCCCAGAGUCAAAAAACUGCAACUCCGAAGGAUGUCUCUGCAUCAAACACAGCUCUGUCCCAGGACAAACUUCUCGGAGGAUUACUCUCUGCGGCAUUCGAAGAAUCCUCCUGCCAGAGCCGCUACAAAUCCAACCUUUACCGGAAGCCUUCUCCUUUCCCGCUCUCCCCUUACCUCGUGCAGAAGCUGAGGAAGUACGAGGCGUACCACAAGAAGUGCGGCCCGGGGACCAAACGCUACCGCCGGGCCAUCAAGCAGCUCAAGGACGGGCGCAACGUCGACAACUCGGAGUGCAAGUAUGUGGUGUGGUUCCCCUGCAACGGCCUCGGCAACCGCAUGCUCACCAUCGCCUCCACGUUCCUGUACGCGCUCCUCACCGACCGGGUGCUCCUCAUGCACGUCGCGCCGGAGCAGGAGGGCCUCUUCUGCGAGCCCUUCCCGGGCAGCUCGUGGGUGCUCCCCGGGGACUUCCCCCACAACAACCCCCAGAAGCUCCACGUCGGCGCGCCGGAGAGCUACGUCAACAUGCUCAAGAACAACGUCAUCCGCAACGACGUGCCGGCGUCGUCGUUGCCACCGUACGUCUAUCUCCACGUCGAGCAGUCCCGCUUGAAGCUGUCUGACAACGUCUUCUGCGACGAGGACCAGGUAACGCUCAGCAAGUUCAACUGGAUGAUACUCAAGUCUGACAGCUACUUCGCGCCGGCGCUCUUCCUGACGCCGAUGUUCGAGAACGAGCUCGCGAUGAUGUUCCCGCAGAAGGAGGCCGUGUUCCAUCACCUCGGCCGGUACCUCUUCCACCCGACGAACAGAGUCUGGGGAAUCAUAAGAAGAUACUACGAAGCGUAUCUUGCCAGAGUGGACGAGAAGAUCGGGUUUCAGAUCCGGAUUUUUCCGGAGAAGCCGAUCAAGUUUGAGAACAUGUAUGAUCAGCUCAUCAGGUGCAUCAGGGAGCAGCAGCUGUUGCCUGAACUCGGCACUGCCGAGCCGACGAACACGACUGCUGAUGCAGGGAAGGUGAAGGCCGUCCUGAUCGCUUCCCUGUACUCGGGGUACUACGAUAAGAUACGUGCCAUGUACUACGAGAGCCCGACCAAGACCGGCGAGAUCGUCGCGGUGUACCAGCCAAGCCACGAGGAGCAGCAGCAGUACACGUCGAACGAGCACAACCAGAAGGCGCUGGCCGAGAUCUACCUGCUCAGCUACUGCGACAAGAUCACGAUGAGCGCCUGGUCCACCUUCGGGUACGUCGCGUACAGCUUCGCCGGCGUGAAACCGUGGAUCCUGAUCCGGCCGGACUGGGACAAGGAGAGGUCCGAGGUCGCGUGCGUCCGGUCGACGUCCGUCGAGCCGUGCCUGCACUCGCCGCCGAUCCUCGGGUGCAAGGCCAAGAAGGAAGUCGACGUGGCCGCCGUCAAGCCGUACGUCCGGCACUGCGAGGACGUUGGGUUCGGUCUCAAGUUGUUCGACAGCUAACUUGGACUGGAGCAGCCAGUUCGGUUCAGUUUCGCCCUCCGAACGUGUUUUGGGGAUUCGUUUUAUUCGUUUUCGAUACCUACCUGUACACGUGGAAAUUGCAAAGAUGGCUUUCUGUACUGCAUUCAAAUUCGUUCUUCAUAAAACAAUUCGGGAUAUUAUUAGAGGAGAGUAUGCCUUUGCCUUGUUGGAA